CGCCAGCGCCGGCGCUGGGUCUCGCCUGGUCCUGGGCGAGCCUGGUUGCAGGCGGGGACAGUUGGGAGGAUCUGGUACAUGGCUUCUUCCUAUUCCCAGCCCAGAAGAAUAGACCCUUAGGCUGGGGGAGGUGAGCCAGGCAAGGCAAAGGCAGCCUCGAGCCCUCCCAUUGCCUGCCCUCCCCUGCGGAGGCCAGGAUGCUGAAGAAGCAGUCUGCAGGCCUUGUGCUUUGGGGUGCUAUCAUCUUCGUGGGCUGGAAUGCCCUGCUGCUCCUCUUCUUCUGGACACGCCCAGCUCCUGGCAGGCUCCCCUCAGACAGUGUUCUCGAUGACGACCCUGCCAGCCUCACCCGUGAGGUGAUCCGCCUGGCUGAGGACGCUGAGGUGGAGUUGGAGCGGCAGCGGGGACUGUUGCAGCAAAUCAGGGAGCAACAUGCUUUGUGGAGCCAGAGGUGGAAAGUGCCCACUGUGGCCCCUCCAGCCUGGCCCCGUGUGCCUGUGACCCCCUCACCAGCCGUGAUCCCCAUCCUGGUCAUUGCCUGUGACCGCAGCACUGUCCGGCGCUGCUUGGAUAAGUUGUUGCACUAUCGGCCCUCAGCCGAGCGUUUCCCCAUCAUUGUCAGCCAGGACUGCGGGCACGAGGAGACAGCACAGGUCAUUGCUUCCUACGGCAGUGCAGUCACACACAUCCGGCAGCCUGACCUGAGUAACAUCGCUGUGCAGCCCGACCACCGCAAGUUCCAGGGUUACUACAAGAUCGCCAGGCACUACCGCUGGGCCCUGGGCCAGAUCUUCAACAAGUUCAAGUACCCAGCAGCUGUGGUAGUGGAGGAUGAUCUGGAGGUGGCACCAGACUUCUUUGAGUACUUCCAGGCCACCUACCCACUGCUGAGAACAGAUCCCUCCCUUUGGUGUGUGUCUGCUUGGAAUGACAAUGGCAAGGAGCAGAUGGUAGACUCAAGCAAACCUGAGCUGCUCUAUCGAACAGACUUUUUUCCUGGCCUUGGCUGGCUGCUGUUGGCUGAGCUGUGGGCAGAGCUGGAGCCCAAGUGGCCCAAGGCCUUCUGGGACGACUGGAUGCGCAGGCCUGAGCAGCGGAAGGGGCGGGCCUGCAUUCGCCCAGAAAUUUCACGAACGAUGACCUUUGGCCGCAAGGGUGUGAGCCAUGGGCAGUUCUUUGACCAGCACCUCAAGUUCAUCAAGCUGAACCAGCAGUUCGUGCCCUUCACCCAGCUGGACUUGUCAUACCUGCAGCACGAGGCCUAUGACCGCGAUUUCCUUGCCCGUGUCUAUGGUGCCCCCCUGCUACAGGUGGAGAAAGUGAGGACUAAUGACCAGAAGGAGCUGGGGGAGGUGCGGGUACAGUACACUAGCAGAGACAGCUUCAAGGCCUUUGCUAAGGCCCUGGGUGUCAUGGAUGACCUCAAGUCUGGUGUCCCCAGAGCUGGCUACAGGGGCAUUGUCACUUUCCAGUUUCGGGGCCGGCGGGUCUACCUGGCACCCCCACGCACCUGGGAAGGCUAUGAUCCUAGCUGGAAUUAGCAGCACCUGCCUUUCCCUGCUGGGUCUCCUUGCGGUAUCAUGAGCUGAGACAGGCCCUGGGCUGUACCAUCCUGUCAGGUUUCCCUCUUGGGUCUAUAUAUCUCCUGUUUCUGUGUCCCCUCUCCCCAGUGGCAUUCUAGUGCAUAAAUCAUGAUGAGGGUUGUACUCUAUUGUUCGGGGAGUUAUCAGGAGAACUAUUGUGUGGUGUAGUUGAGGGUACUGAACAAGAAACCACUGUGUGGCAUGGGGAGGCUUGGGCUUGCUGGGGCCAGGGUGUCCUGAGUUCUCUCCAAGGGCAUCUGCAGAGAGCUUGGCAACUCAGCUCUCUUGAACAGGCCAGUUGGUCCUGACCUGGCUCCUGUCAAUGAGCCCACCUUCUGUACCUACUCCCCCUUUCUCCACCUUCCCCCAGGGUGGGGCCAGGAUAUGGAAGAGAGGAUUGGGUUUGUGGCCAAAUGAGACUAACCAAAGGGGUUUCACUGUCAGGGUCAGAUUGGAGGUGUUUAGUUGUCAGGGGCCGCUGCCUCCUGGCUUCUCUUAUUGCUGACUCUCAGUGCUCUUCUCCUACAGCGGAGCAGUUUGUGGUUGGGAGAUGGGAAGAGCUAGAGCCAGUUGUCAGGAAGGGGUCCGGAGGACAGCCUGUUCUCGGGCACCCUCCUUUUUGAAAGUCAGUUCCCUCUGCUUUUUAGGAGGGCUUGGUGCCAGCCUGGUGGAAGAUGGGGGACUGACUUCCAUGCCUCUUUUCCCCUGGGGUUUGGUGAAGAGGCUCCUCCCUGAGGGCUGGCUCUUGGUGGCUGUCUCAGAGCAAAGUGCACCUGUAGCUGAGACCAGGAGAUCUCUGGCCCCAAAGCAGCCCCUGUUCUGCCUUCCCCAGCAUCCCCACAUCUCCCUCGCCAAGAUGCAGGUAGCAGGUCGGAGAGAAAUCUGUGUGUUUUUGUUUGUUGCCUGACCUUAGUUUCAUGGAAGAAAAUGGAAUCUACAGAAUUAUUUUCAAAAAUAAAGUAAAGGCUGAAUUGUCUGAAA